CAAUUAAAUCAAUCACUUGCAAGUACAAAACAUAAACUCAAAAGAACUUAAUAGCUAGUGGCUAGAAAUGGCAAGGAAGAGAAAAGUUAGUGAGGGAGUGGAAGACAACAGCGCUACUUCAAGUGAGGGAACCAUGGGUUGGGAUGAGAUGGUGAAGGAAGCUUCUGCUGUCGCCGAGCUAGGCGGAGCACGUAGGGCGCGAAAGCGCUUUGUUGGUGUCCGGCAAAGACCCUCUGGAAGAUGGGUGGCCGAGAUCAAGGAUACCAUUCAAAAAAUUAGGGUUUGGCUAGGCACCUUUGACACUGCUGAGGAAGCAGCUAGGGCUUACGAUGAGGCUGCCUGCUUGCUUCGCGGUGCCAACACCCGAACCAACUUCUGGCCUUGCUCCCAUUCGCCGUCUUCAACCCCGGCGCUCCCCUCGAAGAUCACAAACCUCCUCCUCCAGAGGCUGAAAGCAAGAAACAACGCCAACUCUUGCUCUCCUCCUUCUGCUCCUCUCCCUAUCAUCAACCACCAACACGAUAACAAUCUUCACGAACAAGCAGCAAAAACCGAAUUGUCUGAAACAUACACGGAUUUCCUCAACGAUCCCGAAGAUUACUACAUCACAAGCAGCAACAAUCAUGACAUCAUCACUGAUCAUAUCAGUGCAAGCAGCAUUGACUACAUGACAUCGAGCUUAGAGUCAUGCUUAACUAACAAGGAAACUGAUCACAUAGAGUACGGUAACUUGAGUGAAUUGGUGCAACAGACUUACAGCUGCGGAGAUGCAAAUUUCGCAGCAGAAGGAUCGGAGGAAGAUGUUGAUCCAGAACAAGAACAAGAAGAGGAAAUGAACGGAGAUCAAGUUGGAGUUAUAGACUUCCAGUUUGUCGAUGAUAUCGGAGCAUCCAACUCAAACUGCUACUCUCCAUCGCCUUUCGAGAUUGCUGAGGAGAUAGAGGAGCCGGUUCUGGAGGCUGAGAGCUACACCGACGAGCCUUCGAUGCUGAGAGCCGCCAUGAAGAGAAUGAAGUACGAGAGGAAGUUUUCGGCUUCUCUCUACGCCUUCAAUGGGAUUCCCGAGUGCUUGAAGUUAAGAAUCGGAUCGGUGAAUGGGAAUGGGAAAGGUAGAGGGGUGUCUGAGUGUUUGAGCAACCUUCAGAGAGCGUGCGGUAACAAGAAAGAAGAGGAGGUUGUUGUUACUGUGGGGGCGGCGGGGGAACACCAACGAAAUGAUUCGAAACAGGAGGAGCAGGGUUCAUCAAUGGAUGUUUCUCUGAGUGGUGAUGGUGAAUUGUCACUCUGGAGCUCACUUGAUCUGCCGCCAAUCUGCUUUUUGUCAACUAAUUAGUUCUUCUUAUUCUUUUUUUUUUCUUUCCUUUUUUUUUCUUUUUUACCAAAUUCAUGCUCUAAUUUGAUUCCACACAUCAAUCUGGAAUUCCAUUCUUUGCAAUAUUUUCUGAUAUUCUAAUAUAUUUCAAAGAAAUAGUGAAUUUUAUGUAAUUCGAACUUUGGGUUCAAACUUCGACCCGAUGAAGUAAUAAUAAAGGAAUAUGUUUUCCUCAACUCAUAUUUUUUCCUUCAGUGUUCGUUACCUUGUCUUGUUUUUGCCCCUUAAUUCCUUUUUUAUUAUUUUUAUUCCAAUGUGUAGGAGUACAAAAUUCAUUUCCUAUAAUUCUUUAAAAAAAUAUAACAAAUAAAAUAAAUUAGCAGGUUUUGUUGUAUAUUUGAUUCAAUAAUUUGGAAAUUUUGAGGUUUUGUUUGGUGUGUAUUGGACAUAAGCUAAAGGGAAAACACAUGUUAGACAAACACAACCCAAACUAAUAAUUUGCAAGAUCCUUUUAAAACUAAGCAAUUCAGAAAGUUAAUGAAAUCUCUAUCGAGAGCUGUUAUUGACCAAUUAUAAUUAGAUAUCGAACUUUUCAUCCUUAUGUAGAAGCUAACACCUAGAUGAGCAUAACCGCCUGUGCAAGUGAUUGUUUCUUUUACACACCACAAGAGAUGAUAACAAGUAGGCAAAAGUUGAUGUAGACGUUUCACCUGAAUUGAUUGAUGAUGGUAAAUGAUUUACAACUACAACAACAGAACCUUAUUUCAUUAAAUAAGAUCAGAUCAGCUAUGUAAAUUCUAGAACGCCACUACGCUCAAUUUAACACCGA